AUGAAGUCAAGGCAAUCAAUAGUUUGCUUAUCAUCUUACUCGCAUAUCACUUUCUUUUCUUAUGCUCUUGUGAUAUUUCUGGCUACCAUAACCAUCUCGGCUUCCUAUAACGAGGAGACUGAUUAUCAGGUUUUGUUGUCGUUCAAGUCGAUGAUCACUCACGAUCCAUUUGGGUCUCUAACCUCAUGGAACUCUUCCUUUCAUCUAUGUGAAUGGAGUGGUGUUUCAUGUGGGAAGAGGCACAGACGAGUGACUGUUAUACAACUGGAGUCGCAAGGCCUGGAAGGUUCUUUGUCUCCUCACUUAGGGAACCUCAGCUUCCUUCAUGAUUUAUCACUUUGGAACAACAGCUUGGAAGGAACCAUCCCUCACGAGCUUGGUCAUCUAUCCAGGCUACGUUACCUCAAUCUUGGUAAUAAUAGGCUAGUUGGAAGCAUACCCAUGGAUUUAAGUUUCCUCUCCAAAUUACUUUUGUUAGUAGUUGAAGAAAAUAACUUUACAGGUGGAAUCCCACGUUUCUUGGGGAACAUGACAUCACUGGAAGGAUUCUCUGCUGCCGGAAAUCCAUUGGGUGGGAUAAUUCCAGACACCUUAGGCCAUUUGAAAAACUUAAGAUUAUUUCACUGUGGUGGUUGUAACUUAUAUGGAACCAUUUCAGAAUCCAUUUUUAACCUCUCCCUCCUGGUUAAAUUAACUUUGCCAGAUAAUCAGCUUACAGGUAGUCUCCCCCAAGCCAUAGGUGCAAUGUUGCGUCAUCUAGUCACACUUCAACUCCGAGAUAAUCAGCUAAGUGGGCAUAUCCCUCCGUGGAUAUCUAAUUGUUCAAAAUUAUUAACUCUUGAAAUGGGUACCAACAAUUUUUGGGGGGAGCUAAUGAUCGACUUUACAAAACUAGUAGAUAUUAGUCUCAUAGCCUUAUUCAGUAACAACAUCUAUGGACGUGGAAAAGAUUAUGAGAUGAAUUUCAUCGAUUCUCUGAAAAACUGCAGCAGAUUACAAUCGUUGGAUCUUGGUGAGUGCAAGUUUCAAGGAGUCGUCCCCAAUUCAAUCGGUAAUCUUUCUCAAGAACUUUGGUAA